CAAGUAUUCUUUGACGUUCGAUCUUGACGUCUCAGAGAGUGUGUACACUCGUAACGCUACCUCCUUACAUCUUUAAGGACUCUAGUCUUUACACGUCCAAUCGUCCAAGUACGAUUCUGGAAGCUGAAUCGCCGAAGUCACUACAACCCAGCAGGGCGUCCAAAGAGAACAUUCCCAAACACGCAAAGCCACUCCAAGAUGUCGAGACCACCACCGAGACCGAUACAACGUCUCCUCAUUGCUAACAGAGGCGAGAUUGCAACGCGCGUAAUAUCCUCAGCUCGCGAGCUCGGCAUCGAGACAUAUAGCAUCUACGUCUCUGGCGAUUCUUCGCACGCCGUGCGAGCUACUCACGCAGUCGAGCUGCAGUCAGCCGCAGAUUUCAUGGAUAUCAAUGCUUUAAUCGGGAUUGUCAAGAAACACCAAAUUGAUGCCGUUCACCCGGGUUAUGGAUUCUUAUCUGAGUCCGAUCUUCUCGCAGAGAGGAUGUGGGAAGAGGCUGGUGCCAUGGUGGUAGGUCCUGGGUGGAGCAUUCUAGCGGAAACAGGGGACAAGUUGAAGGCGAGACAGCUUGCUGAACGAUGCAAUGUUCCAGUAUCUCCGGCACUGCAGACCCCCACAGAUAAUGUGGAGGACGUGCGCAAAUUCGCUGCCAAAAUCGGGUAUCCGAUUAUGGUCAAAGCCGUUGACGGCGGCGGCGGUCGUGGUAUCCGGCUAAUUCGGAGUGAAGAGCACCUCGAAUCGUCGGUAAAGAGAGCAGUGGAGGAGAGUCCGUCGAAGCGAUUGUUUGCCGAAAAGGCAGCCGUGGACGGAUUUCGCCAUGUCGAGGUCCAAAUCAUCGGUGACGGGAGUGGCAACGUAACGCAUCUGUGGGAACGAGAAUGCAGUAUUCAGCGACGAUAUCAGAAGGUUAUCGAGAUUGCACCGAGUGUCGUUAAGGAUCGAGUGCUGAUUGCGAGAGUGAUCGUGGAUGCGUUGAAGAUGGCGAGACAUGUUCGAUACUUCUCCCUCGGUACAUUCGAGUUUCUUGUCAACCCAGAAACGAAAGAGCAUUACUUCUUGGAGGUCAAUCCGCGAUUACAAGUCGAACACACGAUCACAGAAUCCAUUUCCGCGACCGACAUCGUCAAAGCCCAACUUCUCCUUGCCCAGGGUGCGUCGCUGGAGACCUGCGGUCUGCCAACAUCAACGCGUGAUCCAGAGGUUCCUCCGCCAGCCCACUCGAUCCAGCUGCGCAUCACCUCCGAAAACGUCGAAAGCGACUGGUCCCUCUCUAUUGGCAAGAUCACAAACUUCCGCUUCCCGACUGGAAACGGCAUCCGGAUUGACACGAGUUUGAUCGGCGGAUACCCAGCUGUUGUUUCGGCGGACUUCGACAGCCUAAUCGCAAAGCUCAUCGUUACUGCUUCGUCGUGGGAAGAUUGUGUGCGGAAAGCCCAGCGCGCACUGGAAGACACAUCCAUCACGGGUGUGAAAACAAACAUCUCGGUGCUUGGCACAAUUGUUGCGCAUUGUGAUUUCCUAGAAGGGAAGUGCGACACGCAGUGGCUGGAAAGGAGCCAAACAGACCUGCUCAAAGCAAGCCAAAAUUUUACUGCAUCCUCAAAUCCGCUGCUACAAGACUCGACAUCCGCAAAUUCAGCACCAGAACUGAGCAAUGCAAACACUCUCUUCCGCAAAGGUGACGCCUGGUCCCUCACCCUCUCGCCCCAAGGCCAACCCGGAGCCCAGCCAACGCAUCACCUCGAACUUACAAAAGUCCUGCGCAACGACUUUCCCACUUCCCUGAACGCAGAUGUAUUGUUCACCUCCCCUACUGGCUUGACCCCGUAUACACUCGCUUUGAACUCGACAUCCACCAGCGCAUCGGCGACUACCUCCCAACACCCACGCGCCAAUCCUUCUGACCCGAGUCACAUCAGCAUACCAUUUCCCGGUAAGCUGGUUGAGGUGCUAGUCGACGAGGGCGAUUUAGUGAAAAAAGGUGAUGUGGUGUGCGUGGUGCAGCAAAUGAAGAUGGAGCUUGAAGUGAGGAGUGGCAGAAGUGGGAGAGUGGGGUGGGUGUUCGAGGUUGAGGAGGGUGGGGAAGUGGAUGUCGGAUGGCUUGCUGCUAUCGUUGAGGGUGAGGGGUCGAAGCUGUAAGGGAAGGGCGGCUGGGUCAUUCAGAUCAAUGAGCCAAUUCGACAUGGUUGAGGAAGAGGCACAUGAGACGACUAAGAGCAACAGGAUCGCGUCAGUAUUUGCUGCACAGUAUG